CUAGCCUCCACUCUGAGUGACAUCACUGGGGUUUCCCUUGGCAGCUAGAUGUAUAUAACAGCAGCAGUGAGAGUAUCAGUCAAUCAAUCAGCAGGCCUGUCACUACCUACUACCUUCAAAACACAGUCAACCUCUAAUACCACUGUGGGAACUUAGCUACUGAAGUUAUUCUGAGUUUACCAACUUGUAUACCUAUCGCAAACCAGCUUGAUUGACAUUGGAGCUCCAGGCUUCUCUUGGAUACUAAGGACUUUGACGGAAGGUUCUACUACACGAUGGCAGGUGAUUGCAGCAGAGUGAUGUUAGACGUGGAGAGUGGCCCUGUGUACCCAGCAACGACCGUGACCCUGGUACGGGAGAAGUCCACACACCGGUGGAGGCUGUGCGGUGCCCUGCUGGCCAUGGCACUGUGUGUCUCAGCUGCACUUUUCAUCACCUGGAUGAAGAGACAAGAUCAGGUCGAGGAAGUUGAUGAACUUCAGCAUACACUGAGACAACUCUCUGUAAACAGAAAGGCUGCCAUUCAUCUAGAAGGUGAGUACAACGGCAGUGAAAAAUACAAGACCACAGUGGAGUGGACAGACGAUGAGGGCCAGGGACUCUCACAGGGGGGUCUUAAACUCAACAACAACGAGAUUGUGAUCCCCCAGCCGGGCCUAUACUUCGUCUACAGCCAGGUCUCUUUCCGCGUCAGCUGCAAGGCCGACCCCAAGCACCCUAACAACCAGGAGAUGGUUCACCUGAGUAACACGGUCACGCGCUGGUCCCCAAGCUACGGCACCGAAGACAACAAGGAGUACCAGAUGCUGCUCAACUCUGUACGCACCGUGUGUAAGAAGUCUUCCAGCAGCGAGGCGAGCGAAGGACAGUGGUAUAACGCAGUGUAUGUGGGAGCCGUGUUCAGCCUGGAGAAGGGAGACAGGCUCCGGACAGUCACAGAGAACAGGCUCCUGCCCCAUCUGGAGAGUGGAGCUGGGAAAAACUUCUUUGGCGUGUUCGCCUUGUGAGACGGACGAAAAUGGCAUGACGAUAGAGAGGAAGGCUACGUCCCAAAUCACCCUAUACUUUAACUAUCGGUGCACUAUAUAGGGAAUAGGGUGCCGUUUGGGACGUAGCCUCAGUGUGAGGGGGAAAAGGUUCACACAGUUGGAGGGGUUAAACAGCUACGAUGAAGAAGAGGAUAAUGGAAGGUUACCUUAUAGGAGUCUGGGCCGUUUCAUCUACUGAAGUUGACUGAGGUUAAGGCAUCGUGUUGUUUCGUGUUAAAGCCAAUGCAUUUUAUUUUUUAUUUUUU